AUGGCGGUUGAUGCUACUGUUAUUAGAGCUCCAAGGUUUUUAGAAACUCUCGCGCCUCUUUGGCGUUGGCCCUAGCGAUCACUUCAGUCCCCUCCCAGUUGAAGAGGUGAUCACACUCAAGGGCGUGCGCGAACACGAGACACAAGGUGUUCCCGUCGUUAAUGCGGGUCCCAGGUCGUCGGCCGGUAUGCCCAACAUAAACGCUAGAGCAGUUUACACAUGGAAUGCGGUAAAUGUCAUUUGUUUGCUGCUCCUUCGGUAUAUUUGCAUUCUAAGUACGGCACAGGCCCUAAGACAUUUUUCCGGCUCUCCCGUCCUGUAAGCAUUGGAACUUCGUUGCAUUAGGGUAGAACCCGGUGUGUGACUUCAUGGCAAAAAACUGAAAAAUGUAGGAGGCCGGCAACAUUUGGGAAAGAGCUUCUCACCAAAGUGUCCCCCAAGCAAUGUACCGACCUCGAAGCCCCCGAAUUACAUUGCGACGCACCCGAACAAGGAGCUUUUGAGAUAGUUUUCCGUGUCAAGACCGCUAAUUUCGGCUACUUUGAUGCCUGCUGCAUGUUGGUAGUGCCAUUUUGAUUUUGGCCACCGACGCUGGUCGGAUGGCAGUGUCUUGUCUCGGCCAGUGAUUUGUCUGGACGCCGGUGAAGGAUGUUGCCCUCGUCGCUCGAUUAGGGACUGUGUUCCCCUUAUUUGCUUUUAGGCCUAAUUAACACACCCAUUCAGACUGUGUUCAUCAUAUUUGAAGCCCUGAUUUUUCAGACGUCGGCGACAAUCUGGAUGUCAAUCUGCAGGCUGCACCGCCCGGUCUGAUCUCCGCGUUUGGACAGGCCCAAAUCGCCGUGGGUGCCUGGGAGACGGAUUCCGCCCCUGCGCGUCCAGAGGCCUUCCAUCUGCCGGGUGAUCGGGAUCCUGGUACCGUGUCCGACAGUUAUUACUACGCCCACGAGGAUGAUGCUCGUUACGAUGACCGUCACUACGCAGAACAUGACGAGCCGGGUAUGUGGUGCCAGUUGGUAAUCCUCUUUUCUUUACUCCGCCUUGAAGGAUUGUUCCAGAGCUGACGUGAGUUGAAUGUCCUAUCGGAGAUCGUCGGUUGCAAGCGACGAGGACAGCUUCCGUCGGGGGGGAGGGGGGAGGAGGUGCAGUUAUGACUUCGCCUGGGCGUGAAUAGAGUGUUCGUAUGGGAGACUUUCUCAGCACCUAUCACAGUGUUUUGCUACGUUUAACCUGUCGUGCUGACCAGAUAACGUCAAGAUGACUGAGAAUUGGGUCUUAGUGCAGUUUUUAAUAUGUCAUGGAGACUCCUUCUACGCAGAAUGUUACUAUCGACAAAGAAAAGGAAGACUGGAAUGGCCACUUCUGGCCUAUUAACCAUCUUCAGCCAGUCAUACCCAACCCCGAGGUAAGCAACACCUGUCGCGAGUUCGAGCCACAAGCGUUCUACACCUCGUGGUUGGUAUGACUGGCCGACGAAGGCCAAUAAUCUAGAAAUGGCCAUUCCAGUCUUCCCUGUCUUUUUCGGCAAUAACAUUUUGCCUAUAUCACGCGCCGCUGUGCGACUGCUGGUUGGGCUCGAGAGAGAGCCCGUAAGGCACAAAGGGACGAGCGAGUUCCUCAAGAACGAUCGGUGAGGACUUUUUCUACGCCUGUGUUGGCAUAUGCACACAUUAACCGAGCCCCAUCGAAGUCGGCACGCUUCCCCUCAUGAUGCGUCAUCGAGGCCGCUAACUGUCGUCCUGUUGCCUAGAUGAUUAUGGCUUCCGAUUGAGUUGAACUGCUCAACCAAUAAUUUUUUUGCUCUUUAGACUCCGCCAACGACCACGAGCCACCUGCCUUGGAAAAUGACCUCCGCGAAAACACCUCAGAUCAACACGCCUUUACCUGA